AUGGAAGUGACUUCACUCGAAGAAGUGUUUUUACACGAAGUUGUGAAUUACUUAGACGUGCCGUCGUCUGUGAUAUUUACUUUUGUCUCUAAAAAGUGUUCUAAGACUAUCUCAACACAGAAAAUGGUACCAAUUGGUCUUCACUCAAUACAACACAUGUUUCAACUCCCCACACCAAAGGAACUUAAAACAAAGCUCGACCUUUUCCCAUUGAAAACGGUAGGGUUUUUCACUUUUGAAGACGUUCUUAAUAUAAAAAACACCGAAACAUUAGAAUCAAUUAUUUUGAAUGACAUCGUCGAAUUGAAUGAAACAAACACAGUGGCAAUUAAACAUUGCUCAUUACUUAUACACACCGCUCAAUUCAUAAUUAACACUAAAGACUCGUUUAAACUGCUGUCUACAUUCAAAAACAUCAAACUACUUCACCUCUAUUGCCGAGCUUCGAUAUCUACAGUCGAUAUGUUAUCAACUUUUUUCGCUUUGAAAAGCUUGACAAAGGUAUUCAUUCACACACCUUCACAUCUUUUGUCCGCUUUGAAAUCGUCGGUCCAGUACGUCUUAAAUCGGUCAAUCAAAAUUGUAUUCAUUGUCGACUACCUCGAUUCAACAGUGCAAGACGAAGAUCUUAAUAUAAACUUGUGUCUGAUGUUACUCAAUGCCC